AGUGAUUUGCCCCAUCAAUUUGUGGAUGUCCGGAAACGACGCGCGUAUUGCAACUUACUCUGUGCAGUUUUCUCCCGCCAAAGUGUACCUUUAUCCAAACCUUAAAUGAAAACAAAGAAAUUUACACGUGUAAUAGUGCUGCACAGAGCUCCGCACCGCAUCCAAUAUUUGUCCAUGUGGAAUCAUAUUCAUAAUCUUCUCUUAUGGUUUGAUUUCUCGUGCUGCAUCUCAGAAGAUGUUUACGCCAUGUCUGGAUCGGAGUUUGGGCUAGAGUUUUGCUCCAUAUUUCUCUUCCUCAGUAGUUUUUCCCUUUCAAAGCUCGAUCUUAGAUUCGAAUUUAGCGUUAUCCAUCGAAAAUGACCGGAGUUCAUGCAUCUCCUCGAAGCACUGCUUACCUCGACGCUCUCUCUGAAGCGAUCCACAAGAAGCUCCAGCGGGCACUAGCUAGUUCGUUACAGAGGCGCAAUUUGUUGCAGGAGCUAUUUGCAGACAUAGCUUUAGAAGUCGAUGACCGAGCCAAAGAUAUAAUUUUCAGCAGGGAAGAAGAUAUAAUCUCUCCUGCAGAUGAUGGUAUCAAUGGUUUAUUAUGUUUCUAUGAAGUGCUUGCUGAUUAUUUUGUUCGAGUGCCUGAACAUGGAAAGCCCAUCCUUGACUUGAUUGUCCAACUAUGGAGCCAAUCAUUUGCUUCAAAUAUUUUUGCUCUCCUAUUCCACAAAUGGUUAUUCGAAGUUGAACUUGAUAAUCCAGAGGUACUUCUCCGUUAUUCGUCUGCUCUGGUUGAAGGCGCAAGAAAUGUUUUCUGGAUUGACAUUCAAACAAACACAAGGCUUUUCCAGUCCCUCUUUCAUGUGAGAUUCAUUACACUUUAUCUUGUAGAUGAUAUUGUGCUAAACCAUACUCGAUUGAAUAAAAUUCCUGUGCAGGCUCAGCGAGAUAUGUAUCUUUUGCUAUCAAGGUUCCUUCCAUUUUACAACUCAGCUGACGGAAUGGAAAGCUUCUUGAAACAUUGUCCCACUUUCCCAAAUGCUUUCUUUGUUGGCAGCCCGUCAGAUAUAUUUGUUACUGAACUUACUGAUCAGCUUCUAAAGUUGAAGGUGGAACCAGUGCUGCUGCACUAUCUUUCACAAAUCAAAAUACUUCAGGGUAUGGAAUUAAGAAUGACAACGAGUACGAGAUUGAAGAGUUGUUUGUAUAGUUUCACGUGUCCUGGGGGUCCCAUGUAUCCCACAAGAGCUGUUCGCCAUGCAGCGUGGCAGGCUUUAGAUUUGCUUUUCCCUGUUGGGAGAUACCCUCGGCACCUCAUUAGCCUGUUCUUCAGAUUGCUUUAUCCGUGGUAUUGGCCCUCCUCCUGCUGGAACUUUGUAAUUUCUUGCGUCAAGGCAAUCUUUUGCUCCGUGCUGAGAUUGAUAUUUUCUAGUUGGGAAAAGGUUACCAAGCCUAAGCAAUCGUAAAUUCUCGUCUACUUCCAGUAACAUGGAUUUUUUUUUUUUUUUGGGUUCUGAGAAAUCUAGAAGUACAUUACCAGUUAUCACUUCUUUGCAAGUUUACUGGAAAUCCUCGAUCCUUCCGUUUUUUCCCCACCGAGGUGAAUUAAUUUUGUAUUUUAUAAUGGUAUGUAGAAAUCGUUCAGUGUUAAACAUAAAUCUGAAUGCAAAAUCAGAUGCAACAGCAAAAA